UACUAUUAAGUAUCUGCAUGCGCCCCUUAUUUAUUAAGUCUCGUGCGACGGCUCGUUUAAUUUCUUUUGCCAUCCAAAAAUAGACUAUAGUUAUGUCGAAGAAUUACAUAAAUGCCCUUUUGAAGCCUUUUCGUGAGAGUAAAGUUGUCGAGAGCUUACUGAAAUUGUUCGAGUCGGGGGUGAAUAAGUCCGCUGGAGCGGCUGUGGGUGUGAAAAAUGAGGUCCCAGCUGGGCGAUCUGGUGCGGCGCAAUACAGUACGGGAGUCAGGAAGGUGACACUCAUCCCUGGGCACGGAAUCGGCCCUGAGAUCACCGUUGCUGUUCAGAAAAUAUUCGAAGCUGCCAAAGUUCCCAUAGAAUGGGACGAAGUGGAUGUCACAGCUGUCAGGGGUCCAGAUGGCAAAUUUGGUAUUCCACAAAAAGCAAUUGACUCUGUCAAUGCAAACAAAAUAGGUCUGAAAGGCCCUCUGAUGACCCCAGUGGGUAAAGGGUACCGCUCCCUCAACUUGGCUCUGCGGAAGGAGUUUGACCUGUACGCCAAUGUCAGACCUUGUAAAAGUUUAGAUGGCAUCAAGACCCUCUACGACAACGUGGACGUGGUGACCAUCCGCGAGAACACGGAGGGCGAGUACUCCGGCAUCGAGCACGAGAUCGUGGACGGCGUGGUGCAGAGCAUCAAGCUCAUCACGGAGGAGGCCAGCAAGCGCGUCGCCGAGUUCGCCUUCCAGUUCGCGCAGGACAACAAGAGGAAGAAGGUCACCGCGGUACACAAGGCCAACAUUAUGCGUAUGUCCGACGGUCUGUUCCUGCGGUGCUGCCGAGACCUGGCCACGAAGUACCCGGGCGUCACCUUCGAGGAGCGCUACCUCGACACGGUCUGCCUCAACAUGGUGCAGGACCCGUCCAAGUUCGACGUACUGGUGAUGCCCAACUUGUACGGCGACAUCAUGUCCGACAUGUGCUCCGGCCUGGUGGGAGGUCUGGGCCUCACUCCCUCCGGCAACAUCGGCAAGAACGGCGCGCUCUUCGAGUCCGUACACGGCACAGCGCCAUCUAUCGCCGGCCAGGACAAGGCCAACCCCACAGCAUUGCUUCUCUCCGGGGUCAUGAUGCUUCGCCACCUGCGCAUGUACGACUUCGCUGACCGCAUCGAGGGUGCAUGCUUCGCCGUGCUGAAGGAGGGGAGGGUGCUGACUGAGGAUCUGGGAGGGAAGAGUUCUUGCACGGACUACACCAAUGAGAUCAUUAGGAAUAUGAAUUAGAGAACAAAUGAGCCUUCAUAGCCUUAAUAGCUCCAUGUGGGGUAAUAAAAAAAAGAAAUGCUGUUUUGUCGAUAGUUUUGACUUCUUUUAUUCUAGAAAAACUUUUGCUUGGUUGUUGAUUAUUGAAUAAACUAGUUAACCAAACUGGUUUAUCCAAUUACGUUUAGUCCUCAAUUGCAACCAGAAAACGGUUAAUGGAGGUUCUAUAAAUAAUUAAAAAUAAUAAAAUUCCUUUAUUUGUUUGAACAAUUGAUUGAUACUAAUCGUUUUCUGGGUUUCAGUUCAGUUUUCAUUUCCUUGUUUCAUAUGAAAGAAGUUUGAACAAUAUUAGUUGUUUCUAGCAGUCUCAUAUUGGAGAUGUUAGAAAACUUUAUUUAAAAAAAAAAACCAAAAUAUCGACAAGCAGCAGCGGAAUAUGUUGCUAAGUUAGAUGAAUUUAACAAUUAAUUUAAAUUAUUGCUUUGUUAGUUUUUAAUAUAGUAGAACAAUUGUUAUACUGAACACGCCAUCUCUGGGCCACGAGCCUUAACGCUGAACGCUAAUUUGCAAGCGUCAAAGUCGAGCGUCAAAAACAAAUGUAAUGAGUUUCAAUAUUACGCCUAGUGUGCGUCAACAUUUGUCGCGAUGAGUGAAAGAAAUGUAUUCACUUCACAUAAGUAACCUUUACCAACACUUUAUACAUAUUUAAUAUUUAUAUUCUAAUUUAAAGUUCGUUAUCACACUAAUAUUAUAAAUGCGAAAGUUUGUGUGUAAGUGUGUAUGUUUGUUCCUCCUUUGUACUGCGGCUACUAAAGCGAUUUGGCUGAAAUUUGGAAUGGAAAUAGAUUUUCCUCUGGAUUAACAUAUAGGCUACUUUUCAUCCCGGAAAAGUCAAUGGUUUACGCGGGAUUUGUGAAAAACUGGAUUCUACGCAGACGAAGUCACGGGCGUCCGCUAGUUUCAAGUAAACUUACAUUGUAACCCUUUACAAAAGUUAUUUAAAUCGUACUACACGAUAUCAAAAUUAUAAAAUUUUGGCAGUCAUGAAUGAAUGAAUGAUCGUUUACUUUAGUCAUUUGGAAGUUUAUUGUAAAUUUUUAUUGCCAUACAAAAUGAACUCUUGGCGUAUACUGUCAAUCUCGUGGGGGGGGGGGUUAACCAAUUUAUUUUUGCAGCAUUUUGACGCUUCGAAAUGACUCUGUAGCGAAAACAUAUCUCGUGGCCCACACACAAGGCAUAUUAAUAAGAUCUGUUCUAGUUCCAUUUUACGAACUAUGAAUUUACAAAUAUGAAACUGCCAAAAUGAAAAUGUUUGAUCAGUUUUAGAACAAAACCAAGAUACUUUAUACAGUAGAUAUACAGUCUUCGUCUGAAAUAAAUAACUAAACAAAAUGAAAAGCCAUUACUCAGUAACUCUCAAAUAUAUUUUCAUGUACGAAUAUUUUGAAUGGUCUGAGUUUAUUUAGAACAUAGAUCAAAUUCAGUUGCAGUUAACAGACAUUAAAACAACAUUAUUAACUAAAAUAAUAAAUAUUGUGUACCUAUGUACGAAUAUUUUUUGUUUUGUCCAAAUUACAAUUAUUGAGGUGCAUUGAAAAUCAUGCUUUAUAUGAGCAAAGACAAUUUUUUCAAAAUAUGAACAAUGGACACUGUUAAAUCAUAGGUUCUCAAAGUAGACGGUAACACAUGGGUGUUUGAGAUUUUGAGGAGGGUCCAGAGAAAGUUAGAAUGUAAUCUGAUGGCAAAGAAGUCUUAAAAACUCACAAAAUAGUUUGUGUCGAAAAAUUAUUUAACAACUACUUGAAGAUGAAAUUCUAACUGAAAGAUUAUUUUUCAUUUAGUUCUGCACUAAAUUGGAUUGGAUACAUUUUUUUAGAUCAAAUUUUUCCAAGAGUAUAGGAAACUCAGUGCUUUGGGUGAAUUUUCUUUAUUUUCAAAAGACACAAUAAGUUUGAGAACCCUUGGUUUAAACCAUAAUUAAUGAUUAAACGAACUUACCUGUAAAUGGAAUUCUAUCAUAAUUAUGUGAGUCGCUUCAUUUUCAAAGAAAAUAAAUCUCCGAAACGUGCGUUGUUGCUUGUAGGUUAAAGGAAACUACUUGGUAAAAUUUAUAUCUGGGAAUGAAGUGACGAAAUAUAAUUAGUUCUACGAUUCAAUUUGACUAGACACAGCUCGUAGGCUUACGAUGUAAUGGCGUGAUGUCCAAUUUGAUUUUAAAAAUAUAUUUAAUAGGCAGCUGAUUUAUGUUCGAAAUUUUUCAAAAAAUAAUUUGUAUGCAAUUCAAUAUUAGUUUUAGAUUUGACACGCACUUAACUUUCAAAUGUGUUUAAUUGAAAUAAUAUUUGGUAUUUUCAUAUUAAAGUACAACUUUAAUUUAAGGACGUUUAAAAUGAAAAUAUGACCGUAUUCUGAAAAAGUGUUUUAGUUUAGUUUAAGUUAAUUAUGUGUUGUUGUGUUACCAUAAUGCGUUGUAUACACGUAUGCUGAUCAGCAAAAAUCUGCAGUAAUGAUCAAAUACAAAAAGCUUUAUAAGCUAUUGUAUAGCUUUUAUCGCGGGCUUUGAGCGCGGCAACCGAAUCAAGAAAUUCCGUAACAAAAAUUAACCUAACACUCCCCACUCCGACCGAUACACGGCGUUGAAGGCCGUGCAUCGUCUAACGUCGAUUCACUUCGGCAGACUUCGGCACGGUGUGUGAGUGUGUGCGUGCGACUAGACGUGUGUGCGUAGACUAUAGUGUUUUUCAGAUAGCAUGGGUACGGUGACAGUUCGUUUCCCUUAAAAAUGUUUAUUAAGAUCCCUUGAAUUCACACCACUUUCUAUUAUAUACUAGCGGACCCGGUCAAGCUUCGCUAUUACUUAUGUGCACUUCUUCCCUAUUCCUACUCUACACUACUCUACCCCUACCCUACCCUACCUCUAUCCUAAUCUACCCCUAGCCUACUCCUACCCCUACCUUAUUCCUACCCCCCUACCUUACACCUUACUACUCCUACCCUACCCUACCCUACCCUAUUCCUAACCCUACCUUACCCCUACCCUACUCCUACCCCUUGAUUCUUAAACUUUUGUAUGGGAAAUAGAAAAGUACUGUUUUUAGGGUUUUCCCGGCAAUUAAUCUAAUUUUUUUCACUUUUUAAACCUUCCCUAUACCUCCACGAACAUUUCCAAUGUAAGAUAAAUCCGUUCAGCCGUUCUCGAGUUUUAGCGAAUUAACGAAUAGCAAUUCAUUUUUAUAUAUGUAGAUUAGAGAAAAAAUUCUUGUAUUUCUCACGAAAUACAAUAUUAUGUUUUUUUUUUCAAGUCAAUAAACAAUUAUUUACUUGUGCUGCUCGACACAACCAAUACAGAAUGUGCUGAGCUUGCGCGUUUUCUUGUUACCGAUUAUAAUAUGGUAAAUCGAGUUUGCCGAUCCGCAUAUGUGUAUAUCACGUAAAAGCAUCUAUUUGUAGUGAUAAUUGUGGCUGUUUUGACUUUGUGUGAUUAUUAGUUAAUUUCUUCUCAUCUGAUGAAAUAGUGGAAACUUGGUACUAAUUAACUUGGUAAAACGUUUUAAUUAGCUGAUAAAGUACUCUUGUCAGUCUCAUUCUUAGUAAAUGUUUAUUUCAAUUUUAUUCCUUAAUAUUAUAUUAUUUUUUAUUUUCUACAGGGUUAGUACCAAUAUCAGCCAUAUAAAUAACAGUAUUCACUAACAAAAGUUUUUCGUAUAAUUUUAGCUCUUUUUUUUUAGAAUUUAAAUUAUGGUGAGUGUUAUUCAUAUUAAUUGAUUAUGAAAUACUCACACAACUGAUUUGAUGUGUGAAUCGUGCCGCGUUACAAGAACCAACUCAUGACUAUGGGCCCCGUGUAGGGUCGAAAGUAGUCGGGCAUACUCCGACCUUAUAUCACGUGAGUUUUAGCCGUGUUUCAUAAUCAAUUAAUUUUAACUCUAAUUACCGUCACAGACUAAGGCAAGAACAAUUCAAAAGGAUUGUCUAUCAUUUCCUUAAGUCUGUGGUCAUAGUUUAUUCGUUCCUCAAUUUGUGAUGUAGUUUUUUUUAUUAAUUUAAGUUUACUUAUAACACGUUUACCUUGAUUUUAAAUACUGAAGUAUUAUUACCAAUGAUUUAUUUCAUUUUUUUCUUAUUUAUUUAUAAAUAUGUGAAAAUGGUUAAACUUGAGGAAAUAUUUCAAUUAUUUCCAAAAAUAUAUAUUAUCAUAUUUACAGGUAAGAUCGUUAAUAAUUAUGGAACUGAUUCUUUUGAAGCAAAAAGUAAGCAAUGACAUUGAAAAAUUCCCACGAGUUUUAACUAUUUUCAGAUAUAUUUUAUUUAUUAAAAAUGUUCAGAUGUAAUCUGACAAUAAUGUUACUCUAGAAGUAGAAUCUGAAUAUGAAAUUAUGUAUUUUGCAUUUAUACUUAAGUUACUGUAAUCUGAUUCAAUGAUAGUAAUGAAGUUAUACUUAAAAAUAAAGAGUUUUCAAAA